AUGACCGAUUGCAUUAAAACCGAUGUUUUUGUCUCUGGUGGUGGUCCUGUGGGGCUUCUCAUUGCCUACGGACUUGCUAGACAAGGUGUUGAUUCUCUUCUAGUCGAACAAUAUGUCAAGGAAGAACAGGCCAUGUAUGGCCGAGCUACGACUCUCUAUCCUCGAACCCUUGAGAUGCUGGAUCAACUCGAUCUACUUGAAGACCUGAACCAAAUUGGUUACAUCGGCCGCAACAGCGUCACCUACAAGGAUGGGAAACGGGUUACAUCCCGUGGAUGGCAUGUCAUGUUCGAGCGCAUGCAUGGCACCUUCCUGGACUAUUGUCUGAAUAUUCGUCAGAAGUACUCUGAGGAGGUAAUCCAGAGCGCGUAUCAGAAGUUCGGCAAGCGGGCUUUCACGGGCUGGAAGCUGGAGAGCUAUUCUGUUGAUAAUGCGAGUGACGAUGACUACAAAGUGACCUCGCAUAUUCGUGAGAUCAAGACAGACAGGUUAUUGACUGUGAAAAGCAAAUAUAUUGUCGGUGCAGAUGGUGGUCGCUCCCUUGUUCGACGCACAGCCGAAAUUCCCUUCAAUGGAGAUCACACCGACUUCAAGUGGGUGCGAAUUGAUGGACAUUUCAAAACGAAUAUGCCCGAUGCAGACCUCGGUUUUGCCUCUAUUGAGUCUCGAAGCCAUGGAAACGUCCUUUGGGUCCAGCUUGACCAUGGCGUGAAACGAAUUGGCUUUGCCAUGACUGAUGAGAUGAUUGCCAAGUAUGGAGGCAAGCUUACAGAGGAGCAAGCCAAGGAGGAAGCUGUUCGCUCCAUGGAGCCAUUCACUCUGGAAUUUGAAUCCGUCGAUUGGUGGACCUUGUACAGCAUCAACCAACGUGUGGCUGAUGCGUUUUUCGCCAACGAUCGUGUCUUGCUUGCUGGUGAUGCUUGCCACACACACUCUUCUGGCGCCGCGCAGGGCAUGAAUACAGGUGUCCACGAUGCGGUGAACCUCGCUUGGAAGCUGGGUGGAGUAGUCAAAGGCUGGUAUACCGCCGAUAUCUUGAAGACCUACGACAGCGAGCGCCGUCCUGCUGCCUUGCGACUUAUUGAGCUCGACAGGGCAUUCUCAGCCACUAUUUCUGGCCAAGUCCCAGACAGUCACAAAGACACUUACAUCGAUGCCAAUGAGUUGUUUACCAAGCUCUUCGAUGAGACAAUUCUCUUCAAUAUUGGAUUGGGAAUCAACUACCAGGAAAGCAUCAUCAACAAAGCCGUUUCAGCCGGAAUGGUCUCGGCAGGCUGGAGAGCUCCCGACGCGUUGGUCUACAGCCCGGGCUCUCGCGUCCCAACCCGCCUCUUCCAAUGGACGAAGAACCGUGGUCAAUGGACAUUCAUUGUUUUCGCUGGACAGCCUACUCUUACUUAUGCGAAUCUGGCACCUGCAAUUGAGAAGCUAAAAGGGAUUGCGGAUACGCUUCCCAGUGGGAUGGUACGCUUCCUUACUUUGGUGGCUCAAAGUGCAGCCGAGGGAGACCAAAUGUUCGAUCUUCCUAAGAUUGGAAACGUAUACUAUGAUCAAGAUCGAGCGGCUCAUGCUGCUUACACCAUUUCAACACGGAAUGGAGCUGUGGCUGUUCUACGACCCGAUGGGAUUCUCGGGCAUGCAGUCUCAUUGACUGAAGUUGACAGCCUCGUCGGCUUCCUCCGGGGGUUCACCCAGGCUCGUUGA